AUGCCUGCCGCGAUGGACGACGCGAACGGCAGCGUCGCCCGCGACGUGAAAGAUGAACACAACGACUCCGAUGAUGGAAGGACGGGCGAUGGCAAGGCGACGUAUAAGUCGUGGAAGAAGAAGUACCGCAAGAUGCGCAUCACGUUCGACCAGAAGAUGCACGACUGCGAGGACCUGCAUCGUCAAGAGUCAAAAGCUCUUGCUACUGCGAAGCGCAUCGCCAUCGAAAAUGAUCGCAUUCUCGACCUGCUCCUAGACAUGAACACAUCAGCCCAGCUCCCACUAGACAAACGCAUCGACAUCUCCGAGGAGCCUCCCGCGGAUCUCCCCUACGAACCCCUCGAUGUCGACACAUCCGCCGAGAAGAAUGACCUAGAGGGGCCGACGAAAUCACUCCGAAGUCUCCUCAAGGACGUCCCGCACUCCACAUAUACCCAAGCAAAGGAGCACUCCCCUUCUGUCGUUGCCGACAUGGAACCUUUCUCAGGCGAGACGCAUCCUCCUCCCUUCCUCACCGCCGACGACAUUGACGACUACCUCUACGACAUCGACAGGCGCGUCAACCCGGACAACCUCCUACCCACCCUGGCGCCCUCCGCCCGUACCAACGUUCCCUUGCCCGAGACAAACCCCCAUGCCCUGUCCCAAACCAUAGCCAUGAAGAACCCUACGAGUGUUUACAACUGGCUGCGAAAGCAUGCACCCAAGACCUUCCUGCAGGACGCCGAAAACGCCGUCUCCAGUGCAAUGGACGAGGAGAACACCGUCGAGACGCCUCAGACCGACGGGCGCAGACGACGCGGCGGCGCCAGGGGCGAAGGCAGCCGUGGUGGACGCGGUUCCCGUGGAGGCAAGCGCGCGUCUUUGGCCCUUUCCCGCGCCGAGCGAGCCGCCGAGAAGGCUGCUGAAAAGGCCGCCAUCGCCGCCGAGAAGGCCGCCGCUAUGCGCGAGGCUGCCGAGGCCUGGGAGGCCAUGGAUGAGGACGACGACGAACACGCGGUCGCCACCCCGGCCACGGGACGCGGAAAGCGGAAGCGGGCCGCACCCAGGGACGACGACGACGGUGGCUACAGACCUAGAGGCUCCACCGGCAGACCGGCCAAGAAGAAGCGUAAGAGCGAGAGCGUCGAUGUCGGCACGCCGACAGUGUCCAAGAGGGGACGCAAGAGCGAGGCCGCGCGCGACAGGGACGACUAG